CGCAGCAGGUAAAACAUGCACAGCUCCAGCGCAUCGACGCCCAGACGCGACUGCCGCGCAGCGAGCACAGCUGCGUCCGCUGCGAUACAGGAGUGGUUGGGCCAGAUGCUCUCGAUGAUCACGCAUGCAAUAUCUACUUGGAGCACAUGUGGGGUCAGUGUACAUGAGAACAAAAUCAAGGAAGAGUGGUGUGACCCAGAGAUGGGUGUGAGAACAGCACCCUCUGCGCCAGCAACAACACCGCUGGCCGAUAAGAUGGCCAUGCGGAACUAUUAUCUGGCCACUUCUUCAUACAUCACCACCGCCGCCGCCAUCAUGAUCACCAUCAGGCUUUCAGUCAGGGAAGGCAGCAGCGGGAUACAGGACAGGGCGCUACAGACGACAAGCCCGCCGCACCCAAGGGAAAUCAACCAACCUCCAGCCAUGCGUGCAAACAUGCACAACAAAUGCCGGCUGACGCAGAGUGCAGAAAAUCCGCGUCACGUGGCCCGUUGCCAGUGGAAAUUCAGCCACCACUAUUUCAAUACACAAGGCAGAAAAAGAAAGGCCAACAACGGGCAGCGGGUGAACGAGGGCCACAUACUGGCCCCCUGCCAGAAAAAUAGAGCACAAAAAAUCAGGCUGAAGAAGGCCUAAUGUUUCAGGUGUGGAGGGGAGAGAAGAAAAGAAAAGAAAAACAAGUCCAAAGGCAAGACUUACCGUAGAGCUUGUCCAGUUCCAGGGCUUCGCGAACAAGGCCCUGGGCGCUGUCAGACUUGGGCGACUCUGCCUUCUCGGGUGCCGAAAAGGUGCGAACAAAACUCCUCCGCGGGUCGGCCUCGGUAGUCUGCU